AUGGGCCAAUUAGGCCCCAUUUUUAUAACAUACUCUCCCCCACCCUCUGGACUACUGUUUCCAGAGUUGGAUGGGAAGAAUGAGUCGCCUGAGGAUGACUCUGCACUUGCCAUUCCCACAAGCGCAGUACUUCUUCAGCCCAGUAGGGAUACUGGGCUGCACCACCUGCAUCCAGAGAAAGGAUCAAAUGCUGAUCCUCUCUCCCCCGGACUGAAGGAGCUGUGCAGACUGGAAACAGUCUGUGCUUCUUUCGCUGCCAAUGGCAGCACACUCUCUCACUCUGAGAGGCUACCAAGGCCUCUCAGACACACACUCUCUGCCAGUUCAGUGCUGGCAGAGUGGCUCCUCAGCAAAAGCUGA